AUGGAUAUGGUGAGCGGGCGCCACUACCACCAGAUGGGCCAGCUGAAGACGUCGACGACCUUCCCCGGCGGGUACGGCAACCCGCCGACGUCGGCUCCAACGCAGUCGGGCGCCUACCCCAGGAGGUUCGCCGCGGAAGGCUGCGGGGAGCCCCAGCGGAGGCCCUUCGUCUUUCCGUCCGAGUUCGACGACGGGGCGGUCCGGCCGUCCGGCGCGGGCUUCCCGGCGCAGGAGGAGUUGCCGACGGCUACCGGGUCGCCGUUGAAGCUCGCGGGCGCGGACGAGCUCUGCCUGCGGCACCAGGAGGAGGCGGAGCAGUUGUUCGGCGGCGGCUACCCGGCGGACGGCGGCGGCGGUGGCGGGCCCGCGAGGCGCGGCCGCGGCGGGGGCGGCAGCGUCGCACGACGCAGGCUGGGGGCCGCCUCGGGCGCCGAGCGCGCGCCCUCCCCGGGAGUGCUGCGGCGGCGGCGGCUGGCCGCGAACGCGCGCGAGCGCCGCCGCAUGAACGGCCUGAACGAGGCGUUCGACCGCCUGCGCGAGGUGAUACCCUCGCUGGGCGAGGACCACAAGCUGUCCAAGUUCGAGACGCUGCAGAUGGCGCAGACGUACAUCGGGGCGCUGUGCGACCUGCUGGACCGCGGCAAGAGGUAG